UAAACACUUUAGAUUAUUUGAAAUGUUGUACUUAAUAACCUAAUGUUAAAAUAUAUCCUUGCAUUUGGAGAAGGCUUACUGAAUAUUUUUUACAUACGGUUAUGUACAACCAAAAUGAAAGAAAACACUUGUGUCCAGCAAGAAUUGCACUUUUGCAAAAUUUAGAUCUACGUAAUGUCUUCUUUUUUGUUUUUCUAUCUGAUUUUUGGUAAUUGAGCUUACUAAGAUUCUGAGUUUCCUGCUGGUGGGCAGGUGAGAUUGAAGUCAGAAAUGUUGAAACCCAUCAUCUGCGAUAUGUGGACAACAUAAAAGUGAAUCCUUUUAAGUAGCUGAACCAUAUAUUUUUUAAACAAAUUGUUUGUUUUAGAGAGAGAUUUCCGGUAUAACGAUUUAAAAUUCCUCAUUUGGUUAGCAUGGUAGAGAUUCAAUUGACAAAUUAGGGGAGUUUAAAAUAACAGCAUAAAGUCAAUUCAAGGAAUAUUCGGAGCUAAUUAUUAACUCUCUAUUCCCUAGAAAAAUAUUCCCUAGAAAAAAAAUGUACUCUUGGUUUCUAUGAUAAGACUUAUAAUGCACUGAUACGUUAUGAGAGAAAAUUAUUCUGAUGUGAACAGCUCAGAGUGAAGAAUGGACACAUACAGCUCUAUAGUGUCUGAGAAGUAUGCCAAGUACUUUCUACUUGGGGAGAGAUUUCAAAAAAAUAGUUAUUCCACUCCUAAUACUCAGCUAAAAAAUUUACUCAGACAAAAAUCUGUUCUAUUAGAAAUAAUUCCACCAUGGGUGAGAAAAAGAAAUACAAACUGAUAACCACUUUGCUGCCUUUCAUAGAGGGUAGUGCUUCUGAGGUUCCAAAAUUUCAAAGGAAAGAGAGAAUUCUUUUAACCUAAUCCACUGAUACAGAAAAUCAAAAUAAUGUACAGAUUCCAUUGUUAUGAAUCCAAGUUUUGCAAUUUGGGAUCACCAGGAUUGUUGAUUGGUGGCUUUUAAAUAAGACCUAGGAGUUAAUGGAUGGGUUAUUACAAACUAAUUGCAAAAUUUCCAUGAUAUGUACAUUGCAUAGGUUUCCUACAAGUUUUUCAGGAAACAAAAUAGUUCAUAUAAUGAUGUUUUCUGUCUUCUCUGCAGCCCUGGGAUGCAUGAACAAGUCAACGACAAGAACUGUGACAGAGUUUGUCCUCCUAGGCUUCCCUGGUUGUCAGGAGAUGCAGAGUUUCCUCUUUUCACUGUUCUUUGGGAUCUAUAUAUUUACCAUGAUGGGAAAUGGGGCCAUUGUCUGUGCUGUGAGGUUGGACCAAGGGCUCCACACCCCAAUGUAUCUUCUCCUAGGGAACUUUGCUUUCCUUGAAAUAUGGUACAUUACCUCCACUGUGCCCAGUAUGUUAGUCAACAUCUUCUCAGUGACAAAAUCCAUCUCUUUUGUUGGCUGCUUCCUCCAGUUAUAUUUUUUUACUUCCCUUGGCACAACUGAGACAUAUUUCCUCUGCAUCAUGGCGUAUGAUCGGUACCUCGCUAUCUGCCGCCCAUUGCACUACACAACGGUCAUGACCCAACGACUCUGCUAUAUCUUGAUGUCUCUUUGCUGGGUAUUUGGGUUCCUUAGUUACUCUGUCUCCACUGUGCAGCUCUCUCAAUUACCUUUCUGUGGGCCCAACACCAUUGAUCAUUUUGUGUGUGACAUGGACCCAUUGAUUGCUCUAUCCUGUGCCCCAGCUCCUGUCACUGAGAUCAUCUUCUAUGUCCUGAACUCCCUCAUUAUCAUCCUCACUCUUCUGUACAUCCUUAGCUCCUAUUCCCUUUUACUGAUAGCUGUGUUAAAAAUCCCUUCAGCAGCUGGUCAACAGAAGGCUUUUUCCACCUGUGGAUCACAUCUGACAGUGGUGUGCUUAUUCUUUGGGGCCCUUAUGGCAAUGUAUGUGAGCCCCACAACUGAUAACCCAGCUGAAAUGCAGAAGAUCGUGACUUUGUUCUAUUCCGUGGUAACUCCCUUCUUAAACCCUCUGAUUUACAGCUUACGAAACAAGGAAAUGAAGGCUGCACUGAAGAAAGUUCUGAAGAUAAAAUGAGCAUAAAUGAAUUUACAUGACACUAAGCAAAUCAUUGUCUAGACAUAAAAGAUUAAUCAAUAAAAACUUGAUUCAGUGCUGUAAUUCUCCAAUGUGGACUUUAAAGAAGAUAUUUUUCAGUGGGGUCGCUCAAUGUGUUAUUCCUCAACUAACCCGCGCAGAGUUAAACUAUAGUUGAGUCAUAUUACAUUCCAAAGGUACUAACAAUAUUUUCAACAUGAAUAACUCCAGUAGACAGUGAUAUGAGGGCAUUAUAUCUGUGCUAUUUCACAUGGUUUUCAUUCUGAUUUUGGGGGGAUGGGGUGGAAGGUAGAACAAGAGCAGUAAUCUCAGGUGAAUCAUCAUUGGUGUACUCAAGGCGUUUCUUAAGACAGUCCAAUAUUCUUAAAAGUGAAUAAAGAAUCUAACUUAAAGGCCUAAUGGAUACAUACCUAAAUGUUUUAGUAGCAACAACCUUCCUAUCCCCUUGGGUCUUCAUGGUUGAGUAUACUCCAGAUUAGGGACAGACAAAAUUUCUUGCUUAUGUAAGUGAUAUGUGUUUUAACAUCAUAUAAAAUAGUAUUAACUCCUUCCACAAAGAUUCAUUGAGCAUUUGCUAUGUUCUAGGCACUCUUCUAGGUACUAGAGAUACACUGUAACCAAAACGAUCAAAAACCACUGUCCAUGUGCAGUUUACUUUCUAGUGGGGGAUAGACAAUAGAAAAAUAAGUAAAAUAUAUAGCACAUCAGAGAAUGAUAAGCACUAUGGAGAAAGGGGGAAAAGGACAGGAAAUGUAGGAAAAAGAGCAGAAAUUUUAAAUAGGAGGAUAAGGGAAGGACACACUGAAAAGGCAUCUUUUGAGGAAAAGCUUGAAGGAGAUGAGGGAACGAGCCAUGUAGAUGGGUCAGGGAAGAGCAUUUCAGACAGAAGAAAGAAAGUUUUCUCUAAGAUCCGAAGGCAGGAUCGUGAUCAAAGAACAGCAAGGUUGGUUUGCUGGAGUAUAGAGAUUAAGGGGAAGAGUAUUGUAAAUGAAGUCAAAGAGAACGAACAGAGGGCCAAAUUGUGCAGGAUCUUGUAAGCCAUAGAAAGGACAUUUAAUUCUGCAUGAGAUGGGAAACCUUUGGAAAGUUUUGAGCAGGGGAGUAACAUGGUCCCAUUUGUAUUAUAAAAGGGCCAUCCACAGGAUUCUUUCGUCGACAAUGGACUAGAGAGAGGAAUGGGCAUUUUAAAACUCUUAUUUCUGGUUGUCAAAUAAAAAAAUUUGUUUAUUUUUAAAGGAAGUUGUAUGUUUGUAAUCUGUCCUUGAGACUAUAUAUCUGGGGAAGGGGAAAAGUUAGGGAGCUCCUUUGCCCAAGAGGAAUGGAUAGUCCUCUUAGACCCUGAUAAAGGAAAUUUUAAUUCUAGGAUGAUGUUUUCAUGAAAAGAGAUAAUGGAAAGUUAGGAAUCCACUCCUGAGGUUCUUGAGCCACAUUUCAUCAUAUUAUGACUAUAUAGACAUUUACAGAAUAUUUUCAUAUCUAUUAUCUCAUUUCAUUCUCAUAUAGCUCUAUGGGCACACAGAAAGGUGAGUAUGUAGCUAAUAUUUAAAGAAAUUAGCUUGCCAAACUCUAAUGCCUAAUAAGUGAAAAUACUCAGGCUAGGACCUAGAUUUUUUGUGUCCUAGUUUUCUAUUUACGACCUCAAUUCCUUCUCUUUAGGUUCAACUCUGCUACCACCCAGGUCACUCACUUUCAUAUGAUGCCUGAAUAAUCUUCACCAUUUCCCUGCCUAUCCCAGGCCUCUUUCAAAGGCCUUCCAGAUGCUUAAAUCCAAUCCUGCUUUUACAGGUACAACACCACCUAUAACUCAGCCUCAAGUGCCAAUUAUCCUUACAAAUAUCAUUCUUAACCCUGUCUCCAAACCAUGCUCAAUUAAUUCCUGAUGCUAAAGACAUCCCUUCCAAACUUAGAAGCUGUUUCAAACACACCCCUCCUAACCAAGACACUAAUGUUCUAUCAUCUAGACAGUGGUUCUCAAAUAUCAGCAUGCAUCAGAAACAAACUCAAAGUUUGUUCAAACAGAUUGCUGGGCCCCACACUCAGAGUUUCUCACUCAGUGGGUCAGGGUGGGGCCUGAGAACUUGCAUUUUAACAAGUUCUCAAGUGAUGUUAAUACUGCCAGUACAGGGAGUACAUUUUCGGGAACCUGCUCUGUCCUUACACAGCCUCACUCGUAAACUCAGUAGUGUUCUCUACUUGAGUUCCUGCUGUGAUUGAAUUUAUUUCCCCCUCAGGUUCUCUGCCACAUCUUGUUUGUUCUCCUGCCCUGAUAUCAAUGAAAAAACUUCAUAUUUCCCACUGAUGAGCCAUUUACAGUGCUAAACUUUCAUUUUCACUAAUAUUGCAUCAUGUAAGUCAACAACAUUAUAAAUCUGCUUUUACAGAAGACUAAAUUUUUUCAAAGAAAUGUGUUCAAGCCAUACUUAAAAUUGAAAAGAGGAGAUUCUUUGCCAUAUGUUGAAUAUCACAAAAUUAAGUAAAAUACGUAUAGACAAAGAAUUUUUUUAAUUCAAGUGCUUACAGGUUUGGGACUAACAAUAAAGCAGGUCUACUUGGGAGAGAAUAUCAAACACACACAUGCACACUCUCUCUCAUACACACACACACACACACACAUUCCUUCUCAUUCUCUUCUCUCCCAUUAACCUGUCCCACUCACUCCUCUGCCCAACCCCACUCCCCAGGCAGAUCAGUUUCUUAGAGGAAGGAUAUCUCCACAAAGAGGAAACCUUUCCUAGCCUCUCUUGAAUAUUUAUCUUGACCUCUGUGGCCCACUAGUCAGACCACUGGAGGAAAUAUAAUUAAAUAUAGGCAGUAUUAUAUGCAUACUCAGAGAUAUAUGCACAGGGAACUAGGUCCCUCCCAGUGAGCACAUUGGGGAGCUGUGGAUCCUAUUCAGGAGACACUUGUAAACUCUUAAUAAUCACUGACAUGAUAUACUCAUUUCAUUUGGUUAGGAAUAAUAAAGGAAGCAAGUCUCAGAGGCACCAACCCUGCUCUCCAUCCAUGAAUGAGCUUUUAGACUGUGUAAUGAGGACUGUGUUAUGGCUAGAAACACCAGGAGCCACAAACACCACCAGGAGCCAGAAACACCACCAGUACGUAAGGAAAGUGUGCCUGCCUCACUGCUUCUGUACACCCACUGCUGUCGGAUACCAAGAGCAUGUUGGUUCUUCUUUAAAUCCGUUCAUUCUGGGUUCCUUUGUUCUUGGUAGGAACAAUGUAUUAGGGCCUGACAUUCUCUUCUCACAACAUACUGCAAAGAGUGCUCAGGGGUGAUAUAAUCACGUUAAGGACUCACUGUGGUAUCACAGAGCCCCCACUGUACAACUCACUUAGGGAAAAUAGUGCUCAAGCAUCUUGGAUAUUUUGGGGGAACUUUAAAUUUCCUUCAGUUAGAAUGCAGCCGGAGUCUUGUGCCACGUUGUUUCUAAUAUCUAAGUUUUGAUUGACAAAUAUCCUUCAGCAAGAGCAAUUAAAGCAAGCUGUCCUUAUUUUUUCAGAGUUGUUGGCCAGUGAGAAGAGGCAAGUGGAAACUGAGAAAGAAGUAAGCCAGAAGAUUCUCUUGUCCUUUGGAUUCAUCUACAGGUUAACCUUCAAAAUAUAAAUAUUUAUAGGAAGAAGAAUCUCUGCACUUAUAAUUUUAAAAGUGCUCUUUCCUGAGCAAGUGGCUUACAUCUCAAGCAAGUGAUUGGGAUUGAAGAGGAUCCUGCUUCCUUAUCAGUUCAUACAGAACGGAUUGCUGAAGCUCCUCAUUCCUCUUCUUUUCUCCAAUUGCUCCUCUGUUACUCACUGAGGUGAAUAGAAUGAUGAGAAAGGUGGAUAUAAAUUCACCAUGUGAGCUACUAAUAGAUUUACUUUGGAGGUGGAGGCAGUAGAAAUGCAUGCAGCGGGAUUUCAAAUUUCCUGUGAAGUUCAUUUAUCCAUUUUCUCUGAUCCUGUAUUCCACAAAUAACUAAAACUUCACUGCAGCAUAAAUGUCAAAAGGUCGUGGAAUUAUGAAGACAAAUGAACAAGUGGGAGUUAAGACUAAUGAGGCCUGGAUCCAGAUCAAAAUCCAUGAAUUGGAAUUAUAUUUCUCUUCUUGGUGCCAACAACUUCCUGGCCUGGGACUAGACUAAGUCAAUUCAUGUCUCAUGUCUCUGCCUACUGUCUUAAAAAGCCCAAAAUAUGUCGAUGCUGGCAAAUAAAGUUUGUUAUCAUGCCCUCACUACAUAGAUUUAUCUAAGUUAUUCCUAACUGGAAUAAACAUCUUUUUCAGGCCCACAGCAUAUAGGUGGGCAUGCUGUGAAACAUACAGUUCAAGGAAGCCCCUGUCACAUACAGACAUGACUGUACAGAUGUAGGUGGCAGUCCUGAUUGCUUUUAUAAACCAGGAGUUCCAAAAGGGGGAGAAUUUUAUUUUUCAUGUUGACCAUUGUGCACCAGAACUUAGCACACUGCUAGGAAUAUAAUAAAUGGUGAGUAAACAUUUGCUAAGUUAAAUGAAUAACUAAAUGAAUAAUGUGCUACAAUUUAAAUUCAGCAUUCAACUUUUUAUUAUUGCAAGCCCAGGCACUAUAUUCUCCAACCAAAAACGACAGCAUGUGGUCUGGCAGAUACAGGUAUAGUUCUGGGAAGUAUAUUUGAAAUUACAACUCUCCUAGAAAUUUGAAUACAUAUGGUCAUAAUUAUAGUCAAUUGAGCUAAAUCACUUGGACAAAAUUUAGAUUUUCAUAGAAAUCAUGUUUGUUAGACUCUUUUUCCUCAUUUUAAAACUAUUGUUAAUCGAUACAAAUUUCCAAAUUUACUUCAGCAAUCAAACAUUUAUCUUCUGAGUUUGCUACAGGUUUGAUCAAAUACUGAGAAGCAGGCCUCCUGUUCUCAGAAGAUUGUAUAAAUAGCAUAAGGAUACAAUUUUGUGAGUAUCUUAAUGGUGACAUUAAUAAAUAAUAUGGUCAACUAUCCUACUUUUGUAGUCAAUGUAUUACUAAAUUUAAAAUCUCGAGAGUGACUUACACAAAUAUCUUGAACUUUAACCAGGAAACUACAGGACAUAGAAAUAAGCCUGGACCAACAGUUUCAGAAAGGUUAUCAGCAAAAAUAUCCAAGGGUCUGGGCCGGUGGUGCAGCGUUUAAGCUCGCAUGUUCCACUUCUGUGGCCCAGGGUUUGCCAGUACGGAUCCCAGGUGUGGACC